AUGGAAAAGCACAAGCCUUACAUAGUAAUGCUGAUUAUUCAAUUCAUCUACACUGGCAUGGCCCUAUUCUCUAAAGCAGCAAUAGCUGAAGGCAUGAAACCUCCUGUAUUUGUUGCUUAUAGACAAGCAUUAGCCACACUUGCCUUGGCUCCCUUCGCAUUUUCCUUUGAAAGAAAAGGUUCUCAUCGACUAACACUCAAUGUACUCUGCAAGAUCUUUUUUGUGUCAUUGUGUGGGGUAACGUUAAGUUUAAAUCUAUACUUCGUUGGAAUGGAUUAUACUUCAGCAACUUUUGCAACGGCCAUGACAAAUAAUAUACCAGUCAUGGUUUUCGUCAUGGCUGUCUUUUUAAGGAUUGAAAGCCUGAGUAUAACUCAGUGGCAUGGGAUGGCGAAAGUGUCGGGCGCAGUUUUGGGUCUUUCAGGGGCUAUGGUGGUGACUUUCUACAAAGGUCCUGCUUUGUAUUCACAACAUGGCAAAGAAAUCUCAGACCAUUCUUCAAGAACUUCUACUAGAGAAGAAUGGAUAAAAGGGUCUCUUCUCCUGCUCGGAUCAAACUUAACAUGGGCUAUCUGGCUUGUCAUGCAGGCUCCAAUUCUCAAGCAGUACCCAGCAAAACUUCGGCUCACGACGUUGCAGUGCUGUUUCAGCUGCGUGAUUGCGACAGUUUAUGGUGCAGCUGUGGAGAGGAACAUAUCCUCCUGGAAACUUGGAUGGGAUCUUAAUCUUUUAUCAGUGGCCUAUUGCGGCAUUGUUGUCACCGGGCUGUCGUACUGGUUGCAAGUAUGGGUGGUGGACAAGAAAGGGCCCGUAUUUACUGCCAUUUUCAGCCCGUUAGCACUAAUUUUAACAGCAAUCUCUUCAGCUAUGAUUUUUAAAGAGACGCUUCAUUGCGGCAGUGCUCUGGGGGCUGUUCUAGUAGUGGCUGGCCUAUAUAGCUUUUUGUGGGGCAAGAAUAAAGAGACCAAAAUCCAUGCAAAUGAAGAAAAAUCAAAUCAGACUAAAGAAGAGGUUGCAUUGGAGUGCAUUACACCUACAUCAACCAGCAAUGAGGUUGGAGGAAUGCAAACAGAUGCGUUUCAACACAAAAGGGCUUUCAGCUGA